AUGUAUGACUUCAAUGCAUCAGCCAGUCAAGGCGUCUUAGAUUCGGGGCAAUUUCGUACUGUGAAUUACAGUUCAGCCUUUGAUCGAGAAAUGGCAAUUUGCAUUCGCGAUGAAUCGCUUUCCGCGGAUAGGAAUUCACCAUAUCACGGCUUAUUUAAUGACAUCUACCCAAUUCACCUAAAACCUCAUAUCGCAAAAUCGAACGUUUUCACACAUAGAAUGACUUACAAUACUCGACUUGACGCAUACUAUGAAAAUGAUGUGAGUGACAGGAUGUAUCUUGAAAAUUGGGAUCGAGGAGCUUAUGAUCAUAGAAACAUUGUUUAUGUACAAUCAUUUAGGACAAAAAGGCAUGUUUUAUUUGUCCUGCGUGAUUUAUCAGAUACAAGUCGUAUAAAUCAUUACAUUAAUUAUUAUGUCAACGAUCAGGUUCACAUGUUGACUGAUUCCGCGGCAACCAUAGAAUGGGACAUUGCUCCCCUAGGAAAUGACACCUCUCCAAAGUGGGAAAGAAUAAAAAUCCCAAGAGAACGAUUUAACGAUAAUUACGAUCCAAAAUUGAUCGGAACUUGGGUAUCUUUGUCUUACGUGCUGAAGGGAAACACUGGUUUCAUGUUACGAGUCAGUGAAAUAGAUUGGAAGAACACCCUAAUCUUUCCGCAAGCUCUUCAAGAUGAUGAAACAUUCCCUAUGGACGUUUAUCUUGAAUUAAGUCCUGAACCUAAGUCUCGACACUCGAUAAUAGGAAAGAAUAUCGUCUAUAACCCACAGCCUCAAAUAAACAUGGAUGGAUUGUUCAAUGAAAAAUACGUGUGUAGUGUGGUUCCACAUGGUACGAAACCCAUGGUGUUUUCGCACAGAAUGAGAUAUAAUACUCGAACCAAUUCCUAUUAUGAGAAUGAAUGCACUGACAAAAAAUUUUUGAAGAAAUGGGAUCGUGGUACCCUGAGGCAUGAAAACAUCACUUAUCAACCAGAACUUGAAAUUUAUAAUAGAAAAGUGUACUUGGCACGAGAUCCGAAUAAUGCUUCUUUACCAGCAAAUAUAUCCUGGAGGUUUAAUUAUCGCCCUGGAAGUUAUGUUAUCUCUUCAUUGACCCUAAAAUUGGAACACUCGUAUUGGUGCGAAUCGGGUAAAAUCGAAUGGUCUAUCCGCCCAUUACCUGCUCGUAAUAAUCCUCGACCCGAAUGGAAAACUUUACAUUUUGAACUUCAAGAUGGGAUGAAUCUACGACGCACCUUCAAAUACUCAGACCAGAGAAUAGAUGCGACAGAAUACGUGAAAAAUCAGUAUGGAUUUACCCUAAAAGUGCAGAUGAGUGGUGGCAUGUCAAAUAGAAUGUGGAAGGAAACCCAACUUUUUAGACAAGAUUUAGAUAAGACAGGGUCGUUAGAUGGAGAAGACGAAGAAACGUUCGGAAUGGAUGUCCAAGUAGAAUUGAUCCCUGAUAUAGCAUGUGGGCCAACGGUUGAAGAGACAGAGAUUAGGGAAAUUGUAAAAUUAGAAGAACUGAUGUGGAAUGAAUAUACAAUUGAAAAAGAAAAAAUGGAGAAUAGCGCGGGAUUCAAGAGUUUGGCGCGAAAUGACAAAACUGACUUUAAUAUAAUUUUCGAAGAACCUCGUCAUUUCAUAUGUUUCGGAGUACAUCGUAAGGUUCUUGUGUCGUUUUCAGAAUACUUCACUAUAUUAUUUCGCACGGGAAUGCGCGAAUCACAGUAUGGAUACAUGAAGUGGCCUCAUGAUUCCUUUAUGACACUUAAAAGGAUUAUAAAAUACAUGUACACCGGAGAAAUUGACGACAUCAAUACUUUGGACGAAUGGAUGGAAUUACUUGAAAGAGCAUCGUACCUAUUUAUCCAGAGAUUAGUUCAGUUGAGUGAGGAAUCUAUAAGAGUCUACGUGAAUGUACGAAACAUUGAGGAGAUUCAACAAAGGGCGGAGAGUCAUGGCGCAUGGCAACUCUUAAAUUUUUGCGAAAAACAUGAGAUAAAAGAGGAGGAAGACGAUGAUGAUUGGGUAGUAGUAAAUAUCGAAAAAAAAACAAAAGAGAAAACUAGAGUGAGAAUUCGAAGGAAAUUCCAUAAAUUAAUCAGAUUUUUUUAUGAGCUAAAAUUAGACAAGAAAUUUGUGCGGGAUAAAGUAUAA